UAAUUUCUCUGUGUUUUUCCAAAAUUUGCAUUUUAUUUUGCUUGUUUAUUAUGAAGCGACCUCUUGUGAUCUUACCAUGAAAGUUCUGACAGAGCAGUUCAUUGCGGGAGCAAAGUGGAAGCACGCAUAGUAAAGUUUUUUCUCCAGAACAAUAAUUUCACAGUACUUUUUUGUAAAGUUUUUUAUUUAAACCUUUUUUUGAAAUGGCCAACUAUAUGGGGCGAGUAUCAAAAUUGUCAUUUGUUGUGCCAAAUAUCACGAAAAACGGUUGGCGCACCUUGAGCACCACCCCGGCCAGUUGGCAGAAGAAGACAGUUGCUGAUAAGACUGGGAAAAACAUUGUUUUGGUCGAUGGAGUUCGUACUCCAUUUUUGACUUCCGGAAGCGACUACUCCCGCUUGAUGCCUCAUGAACUGGCCCGGCAUUCACUGGUUAGCCUUCUGCGGAAGACCGGGGUGGACAAGGAGAUCAUUGACUAUAUUGUCUACGGCACAGUCAUUCAGGAAGUUAAGACAUCGAAUAUUGGCCGUGAAGCAGCCUUGAGUGCAGGAUUCAGUACCAAGACACCAGCUCACACCGUCACCAUGGCCUGCAUCAGCUCAAAUCAGGCCAUGACUACGGGGAUUGGACUUAUUGCAACUGGAACGUAUGAUGUUGUUGUGGCAGGAGGAGUUGAAUUCAUGUCAGACGUUCCCAUCAGGCACAGCCGGAAAAUGAGGAGUCUCAUGCUCAAAGCAAACAAGGCAAAAACUCCAAUGGCCAAACUUUCCCUCCUGUCCUCCCUUCGAGCCUCACACUUCAUCCCUGAACUUCCGGCUGUGGCUGAAUUCUCUUCAGGAGAAACAAUGGGACACUCAGCUGAUCGUUUGUCAGCUGCAUUCAAUGUUUCAAGGAAGGAACAGGAUGAUUAUGCUCUCAGAAGUCAUACCCUGGCCAAGACAGCUCAGCAGAAGGGCUACUUGACAGACCUGGUGCCUUUCAAAGUGUCAGGAGUGGACAAGAUUGUGAGUGAAGACAAUGGGAUCAGAGUGUCAACGCCUGAAUCCUUGGGAAAGCUCAGGCCAGCUUUUAUCAAGCCACACGGGACAAUCACAGCGGCAAAUGCUUCUUUCCUUACCGAUGGAGCUUCAGCUUGUCUGAUUACGACCGAAGCAAAGGCCAAGGAAUUGGGGCUCAAGCCUAAGGCAUAUCUUCGUGAUUUUCUCUAUGUCUCGCAAGACCCCGUUGAUCAAUUGCUUCUGGGACCUGCCUAUGGGAUUCCCAAGAUCCUCAAAAAGGCCAAUCUCAAGCUCAAUGACAUCGACACAUGGGAGAUUCAUGAGGCUUUUGCUGGACAAAUCAUUGCCAAUCUCAAAGCUAUGGAUUCUGAUUGGUUCUGUAAGACCUACAUGGGACUGAAUGAAAAAGUGGGAAAUCCAGAUUUGAAUAAGUGGAACAAUUGGGGAGGAUCUCUGUCCAUUGGGCAUCCUUUUGCGGCAACAGGAGUGAGACUUUGCAUGCAUACGGCCAAUCGCCUUGUCCGGGAAAAUGGACAAAUAGGAGUUGUGGCAGCUUGUGCAGCUGGUGGUCAGGGAGUUGCAAUGGUCAUUGAAAGACAUCCUGAUGCUACGGCUGAGUAGAGACAUUGAAAUAACUCAUCACAAAUCCAUUUUCACUGCAUUCUUUUGUUAUUUUAUUUUUUAUUCUUAAUAAAUUUUGGAAUGAGAGUAAG